CUCCUUUAAUCACUCUCUCCUCCCCCUCUCCCUCUCCCUUGACACUUAUCUCUCCGUCCUGGAUUACAGUCCCUCGAUUCGAUUUCCGGCCAUCUUGUCGUAAUCCGACAGGCCACUGACGAAUUUCCGGCGGCCUUAACCACUAGAGUCUUGCUUUUUGUUCUGAUUGCAGUCUGGUCGCUGAUUGAUUCCUCCUCUUCUUGGUAAUUUGUGCUUACUGUAUCAUGUCUCUUGUUUAACCAGGGUUUCACUUUUGGUUGCGAUAACCCAGUUAAAAAUCGGGUUGAUUUUCCGGUUAUUUUUGUUUUUCCUACGAAUCGGGGGUUAGUUAUAAGAUCCGGUUUACCCCCAUCGAUUUCACGGCCUGAAAUCCAAUCCCCUGUGAUAGCCAAAGAAAAAAAAAAAACCAGAUAGAAAUAUCUUGUUUUUCCGGCUGUUUCUCGCCCGGAAAACCUCAAAUUUUCCGGCCAUCUGUUGCCGGAUCUUCAACCAGAUUAAGCGGCUAUGGUGAAGAACGAGGGCUGCGUCCUCUCACCUCUGAGCAAGCGGGAUAGGCCGUCGUCUCAUCAGAGGAGCUGGUACGUGUUUACCUGCAUGCUUGAAUUAACCAAGAAAACCACCAAUCUCAUUGAUCCUCAAAAUCCAGAGCUAAAAUCACUGUAUCAUCAUAGAUAUCUAAUAGAUGACCAUGGCCGUAUCAGUAAGAGGAAUCAUAACUUUAACGAUAUAGCUGAGAAGAAGCAUCAUGGUGGUUGUGGUGAUAGAGAUUAUGAUGAUGGCCAUGAAUCAUCAUCAAAUGACUCUCUCCUACCUGGCCUCCAUGACGACAUAGCCCUCAACUGCCUUGCCUUUGCCUCGCGAUCCGAUUAUACAACCCUGGCCUGCCUAAACAAAAGGUUCAAUUCCUUGAUUUACAGUGGCUACCUCUAUAGCUUGCGUCGACAAAUGGGUAUUCUUGAGCACUGGGUUUAUUUGGUUUGUGAUUUGAGGGGGUGGGAAGCCUUUGAUCCAAAGAGGCAGCGAUGGAUGAGACUCCCAAGAAUCCCAUGUGAUGAAUGCUUCCACUAUGCAGACAAGGAAUCGCUUGCAGUUGGCACCGAAUUGCUCGUUUUUGGACGUGAAUUGUUGGGUUUUGUUAUUUGGAGGUAUAGUUUGCUUUCUCAGACUUGGUCGAGAGGCCCAGCUAUGAACCUUCCUCGAUGCUUGUUUGGGUCAAGCAGUUAUGGGGAGUUAGCUAUAGUUGCAGGUGGGACUGAUAAAAAUGGGGCCUUUCUCAAAUCGGCCGAGCUCUACAAUUCAGAAUCAGGGCGAUGGGAGGCUCUUCCUGAUAUGUACUCACCUAGAAAAUUGUGCUCUGGGUUUUUCAUGGAUGGUAAGUUCUAUGUGAUCGGUGGGCUAGCAAGCCACACCGAGUCCUUAACUUGCGGGGAGGAGUAUAAUCUCCAGACUAGGACAUGGAGGAGGAUCGAAGGGAUGUACCCGGGUUCCAACAGCCCAACCCAUGCUCCCCCUCUUGUCGCGGUGGUGGAUAACCAAUUAUAUGCAGUGGAGUAUUCAACGAAUGUUGUGAAGAAGUAUGAUAAGAGCAAUAACAGUUGGAGUGUCUUGGGGAGGUUGCCUGUUCGAGCUGACUCAACGAAUGGUUGGGGAUUGGCCUUCAAGGCCUGUGGAAAAGAGUUGCUUGUUGUUGGGGGCCAGAGAGGAGCGGAGGGGGAGAGCAUCGUGCUCAACUCGUGGUCUCCGAGCUCGUCUGGGGUUGAUGGGGGAUUGGAGUGGAAAGUUCUUGGGGUCAAGGAGCAUGCUGGUGUGUUUGUUUACAAUUGCGCUGUGAUGGGUUGUUGAAGUGACGAAAAAAAAAACCCAUUUUCCGAUACUGAAUGGGUUCUUCUAAGCUCUUACUGUCUUGAUUCUGAUAUUCCCUGCCCUAUGGGUAACUUGCUUUCCGCAAUUUGACAAAAGCCAUGUCAUUUAUUUCCGAUUCAUUCUCUGAAUCCAGAUUCAGGAGGCUACUUGUUUUGCCUUGAACAGUGCUGACUCGUUGAUUCUACGAACUCCGUGGCCUCAGUGGGAAUGUAGAAGCUAAAGUAUAGCACACAAAGAUGCACAAGGAUAGUAUGAUUAAAGAAAUGUCAAGAUAAGAAGAGCCAUAUUUUUUGGCCAAAUUAAUGAUAUCCAUGGAACUUGGCUUGUGUUUUGUUAUUAUUGUACCCUUAACCAAUAUACUUGAUGGAAGAUCUGUUCCAAGAAAUCUCUAUAUUCUUAAAUUUGGUAUCGUUGCGUU